UUAAAAAAAAGAAAAAGCAAGAGCAAGAGCAAGAGCAAGAAAUGUGUUCUCAAACAAUUGAUGGAAAGUUAGGAGAGAGAAAGAGGAAAAGAGGGGGAGAAGAAGGGAAAAAAGGGAACGACCCAUAGCACAAUACCAGACAGGUGGGUACCCACCUUCAUCACUAUCUCCACCCACACCCACAUCCCACACCCCCCCUCUCUAUUUCUCUCAUUUUUACCUACUCUUUUCCCUUCUUCUUCUUCUCCCCUUCAAUUCCCUCUUCUUCAAUUCAUUCAUCUCACAAUCAACGCAAAAAAACAAACAAUCUAACAUACAAACAAAUUACACUGAAUUUCAAAAUUCCAAUGGAGGCUGUGAUGGGUGUUUGUAACGGCGGCGAUGUUUCUAGUGGUGGUGGGUCAUCAGAAUCAACGGUGGUUUCAAAGGAAGAACUCGUGGUGGAGCAACUAAACCACCCUUCUCGCCAUCACCACAACCACCAUCAAAACAUUGCUUUUGAAGUUUCUGAUGAUUCAGAGCUAGAAUUGGGACUUGGGUUAAGCCUUGGUUCUAAAAAUCAUAAGCAAAUUCCAAGGAUUUUCACAGCUAAAGAUUUUACUAAUAAUAGUAAUAAUACUAAUAAUAAUGGGUCUUCUCCUUCCUCUGCUUCUUCUUGUUCAUCUCUGGGUUUAAGACCACCUUCUUCUUCUUCUGCAAAAAAUAUUUCUCCUGUCAACAAUCACAAUGCUUCUUCUGGUACUAAGCGCGCCGUCUCUCCUACUGCUGUUAGUCAAGUUGUGGGAUGGCCUCCAAUAAGGGCAUACAGGAUGAACAGCAUGGUGAACCAAGCUAAAUCGGUUGCGAAUGAAGAAAGCGAGGCAGAGUUUGAUGAAAUGAAAAGGAAAGAUGUUAUGUAUGGUGCUGAGGAGAAGGGUAAUGCCAAGGAGAGAGUUCCACAUAAAAGUUGCUUGUUUGUGAAAGUGAAUAUGGAUGGUGUUGCGAUUGGAAGGAAGGUCGAUCUCAAUGCGCACUCGAGCUACGACUCGUUAGGGCUAAUGUUGGAGGAGAUGUUCACUAAUGGAGCUGUUGAGAAAUCAAACGGAGAGGAGCUUAUGUUGAUGCCCAAAAUGACGAGACCUUCCAAAUUAUUAGAUGGAUCAUCAGAUUUUGUGCUUACUUAUGAAGACAAAGAUGGAGACUGGAUGCUUGUUGGAGAUGUUCCUUGGGGGAUGUUCCUCAGUUCUGUGAAGCGGCUUAGAAUCAUGAGGACUUCUGAGGCUAAUGGACUUGCUCCAAGAUCAGAAGAGAGAAGUGCAAAGCAAAGAAACAGGCCUAUAUAGUCUAUUUAUUCGUGGUGUAUUAUUUACAGAGAAAAAACAGAGCUGAAGCUAAAUACUGGAAAGAGAGAACAACGAUGCUGAAUACUCGCACAACACAUACGUUGCCUAGUAACAACUGAUCCUCUGCCUCUCUUAUAUAUUUGUUUCUCAUCAAAUCUCCUUUUGGUUUUCCUUUUCUACCACAAGUUUUUGGGUUUUUUUUUUUCCUUAAUUUUUUUAUGGGUACACAUGCUUGCAUACUUAGUCAAGGCUGGGCUUUCAGUUAGUGUAAAUAUAUAUGGGGUGCUAGGUUGUAAGGCUUCUUUUGGGGUUUUCCAAAAUACUGAAUGAACUUGGGAUUUUUUCUUUUGUAAUGGAAAUGGGUUUAUUUGGCUUCUGCUCUAUGAAGCCUUGCUUUCAUCUUC